GUCCUCGACGGCGACCACGUCUGCUCCCCGAUAAGUACUCGCCCCCACGGCUACUGGAAGAUGGAUGCGUCUGCCUCCAGCCGGACGGAUGCCGUAGAGCCCUACCACGCUGCGGAAUCCAUCGGCCACGGGUCUUCGGCAGAUCGGCAUGCCGACCACACGGCACAAUCACCACUGUCCCGAGCCUCGAGCGGCAUCGUCCAGCAGGAGGUCCGAGACGACGGCGAGAACAAACCCUCCAGGAAGCCUUCGUUGCUGCCUGAUGAACCCACGGAAGUGCCCGGGCACUAUGGCUUCUUCUCCCCACGAUUUGCACCCUUGCGCAGGGAAUACUUCAUCAUUAUUGCCCGGGCAACAGCAUUAAUCAUGGUCCUCAUGUGGAUCACUCUCCCUGUUUACUGGGGCGCUCUCGCCAAUUCCGCCAAGCUGACAGGGAACCUAGACGCAUGGUUCGUCAGCCGCGACACUGGCCGCGUUGGCCAGGGCUUGGUGGCUGCGUUGAGCAAGUACGCACCGCCAGGCCCUCGGCUCAACUGGCAGGUCAUGGACCCGGACGUCGUCGGCAGCGACGAUGAUUUGGCUAUCAUGGUCGCUCAGGAGCAGAUAUGGAUCGCAGUAGUAGUCCAAGAAAACAUCUCGCAAAAGCUGUCGCUUGCUCGACAGGUCGGCGACACGACGUACGACCCGACGUCGGCCAUCAAGGUCUUCUACUCCCAGGCUCGUCAAGAGAUUGCGACGGGGAACUACCUUGUUCCACUCACAACCGCAAUGUUACAAGAGACUACAACUACUUACGCCACGGCGAGCGCUCAGCGGUACUUCGCGCAGAUCAAUAACAACGGCCAGCCGAACGCUACGGCUCUCCAACUCAUCGCCACUGCCCCUCAGACGAUUGCUCCUGCGAUCAGUUGGACGAUGGUCAACCUCCGUCCGUACAAUGCCCCAGCCGCACAGGCUGUUACGCUUGUCGGCAACAUCUUUCUAUGCAUUUUCUCGUUCAUGAUUACUAUGGCAAACUCCACAGCACGAGCUAUCGUCGGCCCACACAUGGAUUUCCUGCCAUACAUUGGGCUCCGCAUCCUGGUUCCGUUGCUCGCGUACUUCCCGCUGAGCAUGAGCUUUGCGCUCAUCAACGUCGCAUUCAAGCUCCCUCUCGGGACAAAGUUCGGCGAAGGCGCAGGCUUCAUUAUCUCGUUCGCAUACAUCUACCUCGGCAUGGCCUCGCUCGGCCUCUCGCUUGAGGCUAUGAUCACGAUCUUCACGCCACGAUUCAUACCGUUUUUCCUUUUUGUCUUGAUUCUAUACAACGUCUCGCCCGUCGUGCUCCCUGACGAGCUCCAAAACCCCUUCUACUCAUACGGUAACGGCUUCCCCAUCUGGAAUAUGUCACAGGCGCUCCGGACUAUUAUGUUCAACACCGCCUCACACCUGGGCCGGAACGCGGCGGUCAUCAUCGCCUGGAUCAUCAUGUCGUGUGCAACACUAACCCUCUUCACCUGGCUCAUGCGCCGCAUAGAGCGGCGCCGGCUGCGCGCGCUGCAGUCGCGGACGCGGUCCAAGAGCCCCGAGAAUACCCCGUUAGAGAUCGAGAAGGGCAAGGAAAAGUCGGUGGCCUAGAUAGAACUAUGCGUAUCAUUCACGGGUUAAUGCGUACUGUAUUAGUUACUUAUGUAUUUUGGAUACAAGGUCGUCCGUCGUAAGUACUAGACUUUGCACUUCGAACGAGUCAUGUCUGGUAGGGACGCGCAGUUAUGUCGUGAUUGGGCGCCUUGGUUUGGUACGAUGUAUGCGUCCUAAGCACGGCCCGCGAUGCUCUCUCUGCCAGCCACAGGGCCGGGAGGAGCGGCCACUGGGGCCCCACCACCGAUAAGAUAUGGCGAACGUCUUGCUCGGUGCCUGAGAGAAGCAC